CAGACGUAAGUCUCAGAACAUUGCUUAAUGUGAUGUCGUGUUCGUUUAUUGCUUUUUAGAGUACAGUAUACUGUUUUAACUGACUAAUUUCGGCUUAUUCGGCUUAAUAAUUACAUUUAACCUUAGCAGUGUAAUGCCGUGCGUGUUUUGCUAAAACAGAACAAACAUUUCUAUAGCAAAGAGACACCCUAUAAGCACAUCACUUCAAAGAUGUUCGUACUGUAUAUUAUCCAGAACAGUUUAUGAAAAAUAACGGAAAUUACCAUCGGUUUGGAUAGUGUAUUUUAAAUGUCAAUGCCGUUACAACACAAAAUAAAGAUAUGUAAUCUACAUUUUAGGCAUGUAAACUUUUACCAUGAAACUGGAUGGUACAGAAAUCUUAUUCGCAAAAGAGGUUGCUAAGUGACAUAUAGUUGGCAGCGUAUCAUUUGAGACAGGAGGGGAAAAAAGCAUCUGUUUCUUGAAUCAUGGCUCUGAGGUUCAUGGGGCGGUCGGUGGUUUUGUUAUCAUUUUUGGCUCUGGGGACUGCCUUCUCAGGCGUUUUUAAUUCUUCUGACAAAGAGAUUUUUAAUGACGAUCUGGAGCAGGCGGAACAAAAGAAACUAAUAGAUUAUAAUACCAUUGAACAGUGGACACACGUUGCUCCAAACCUACACCCUAAUUUAUAUUUCGACCCCGGGGAUAUAAGCUCCUUGAGACAAAAGUCUACGACUACUCAUAGUCACAUUUUUAAAGUUAUCCGGACUGCAGUAAUAACCAUGCUUUCAAAUUCUCAGCUGUAUCUGCCUCCAGUGAAACACGAGGAGUUCAGCGCGAAGUGGAAUGAGAUAUAUGGAAACAAUCUGCCUCCUCUUGCAUUGUACUGCCUUAUAUGCCCCGAUGACACAGCUGCGUUUCAGUUUCUUGUGAAGUUCAUGGACAGAAUGGCAGAAUAUCCAAAUUGGAUGGUUACAAGUGCGCCCAAUGAUGAGGUACCUAUGGCUCACUCUUUAACUGGAUUUGCAACUGCCUUUGACUUCAUUUAUGCUAAUCUGGACUCUUCUAGGAGAGAGAAGUUUUUAAAGAAAAUCCUCUCCGUGACAGAGGAGUUGUAUGAAGUGUCUAAGUACAGAGCCUGGGGGAAACAGUUUUUGCAGAAUCAUCAAACUACUAAUAUUUUAGCAAUACUUAUAGGUGCCAUAGUAGCAGGAAUGCACAAUAAUCAAGAAACAAUGAUGUGGAAACAGGUUGCUGUCAAUUACAUGGAAAAAACUAUGUUUCUUUUAAAUCACAUUGUGGAUGGAUCGUUAGAUGAAGGGGUGGCCUAUGGUAGCUACACUGCUAAAUCAGUCACACAGUAUGUGUUCCUUGCACUGCGCCACUUUAAUAUUGACAACACACAAAACAACUGGCUUAAAGAACAUGUCUGGUUUUAUUAUGCCACUCUUUUGCCUGGCUUUCAGAGGACUGUGGGGAUAGCAGACUCAAAUUACAAUUGGUUCUAUGGGCCUGAAAGCCAGCUUGUAUUUUUGGACACUUUUGUUCUUAAAAAUGGCACAGGAAACUGGUUGGCACAACAGAUCAGAAAGCACAGACCCAAAGACAGCCCUAUGGGACAAUCUACAGCUCAGAGGUGGACCACUCUUCACACAGAGUACAUCUGGUACAAUGCCCAUUUAAAUUCGCAGCCUCCUCAUGGAUCUGGGAGUCCUAGAAUGCAUAUUUUCUCGAACUGGGGUGUUGUAACAUACGGAGCUGCUCUGCCCAACAGUCAGGGUAAUACAUUUGUCUCCUUCAAAUCUGGCAAGCUAGGUGGUCGCGCAGUCUAUGACAUUGUUCAUAUGAAACCAUACUCCUGGAUUGAUGACUGGAACAAUUUUAACCCCGGACAUGAGCACCCAGAUCAAAAUUCCUUUACCUUUGCGCCGAAUGGGCAAGUAUUUGUGUCUGAGGCCCUUUAUGGGCCAAAAUACAGCUACUUAAACAAUGUUUUGGUUUUUGCACCUUCUCCCACUAGCCAAUGCAAUGAGCCCUGGGAGGGCCAGAUGGGGGAAUGUGCUAAGUGGCUCCGCUGGACAGAUGACAAGGUUGGAGACACAGCUGGGGAGGUCAUCACAGCUUCCUAUCACAAAGACAUGAUGUUCAUUGCUGGUGAAGCAGGACCUGCAUAUUCCCCUGCAAUGAAAUUAAAAAGUGUCUACCGUGCUCUGGUUCUUCUCAAUUCCCAGACGCUCCUUGUAGUAGACCACGUUGAGAAAGAGGAGAAUUCCCCUAUUAACCUGAUUAGUGCCUUUUUCCACAAUCUUGACAUUGAUUUUAAAUAUGUCCCUUACAGGUUCAUGGAAAGAUACAGUGGUGCACUGAUGGAUGUCUGGGAUGCUCAUUAUAAAAUGUUUUGGUUUGAUCAUCAGGGCAGCAGCCCUGUUCCUAACAUUCAAGAAGCAGAACAGGCUGCAGAAUUUAAGAAACGGUGGACACAAUUUGUGAAUGUGACGUUUCAAAUGAAAAGCACAGUCUCAAGAAUGGUCUAUGUACUCCACGGACCCUAUGUUAAGCUUACUAAUUGCAGGUUUCUUGAUAACAGCAAAAAUGGACUAAAGCUUGGAGUAACCAUCAACAACACUGAGAAAAUUGUGUCCAUUGUGACACAGUACAGGGAUCUAGGCGCACGGUUAAGUUACCUGGGCUUUGGUGGUUAUGCCAAAGUGGAAGACAGACAGCAGGUUACAAGAUUUGGUUUAGGAACACAACCUGUGCUCAAUCCAAGCACAACAGACAGCACUUUACUUGAUUUUGGGUUUGUGGUUAACUUGAUAGCAGGAGUGACGCUGUGUGUUGCCAUAGGAUUUUUGACUUUGCAAAGGAAGUUUUACAUUUGCUUCAGCAAAAUUAUGCGCUAUGCUCUCAUAACAGUCCUCCUCCUUUGGAUAAUUGAGCUGCUGUUUGUCUCCAACAGUUGUGACCAACUCCUUUGUGGUGUGAAAUGGAGUGGUAUUAUCACAGACCCUGAUGCAAAUGUGGAAACAAAACUUUCCAAACAGCACCCCUUCUUAUUACCGACGGUUGUAAUCACAACUCUUCCCGGUUCAGGAGCAGAAAUUUUAAAGCACCUUUUUUACAACAACUCCGAUUUUAUUUACCUUCGGAUUCCUACUGAGCACCUAGACUUGCCUGAGACAGACUUUGAAUUUGACUCAUUUGUGGAUGUAUGUGAGUGGUCAAGGUCUGAUGCCCUAAAUGGACGUUUUAAAAUAAUACAGGGCUGGUUUCAUUCCCUAGUGCAUAAUCCUAAAAUACACUUGCAGAACAUUCAAUUGCAUGAAAUGAGCAGAGGCAAGCUGACUCAGAGAGGCAGUGCUCUCAAAGAUAAGAAAAAAAGAAUCAAGAGAAAAGAGCCUUUGACUGAACAGAAAGGUAGAGCAAAAGGAAGCCUGGACAGGGAUGCUGAAUACAUUAAGGAAUUGCGAAGACACAUUGGUUUGUAUCAAAAUGCACGUGUGGUUCUUAGCCUAAGAAGUGGGAGCUGGGCUUUAAAGCUUCCUUUCAUCCAAGAAGUUAUUGGCCCCUCUUUGAGGGCUUUAUAUGUUGUAAGGGAUCCACGUGCUUGGAUUUACCUAAUGCUAUAUAACAGCAAACCCAAUCUCUACACUUUGAAAAACAUCCCGCAGCACUUAUCAAUGAUCUUUAAAGGGGACAAUAACGGAGACAGCUGCCACCCUAGUUUAGGGUGUACUCCGGAGUUCAAGACUCUUCACAGACUGCUGUCACACUCUGAAAGCAAUCCAGUUUUGCUUCUAGCACAUUUGUGGCUUGCUCAUACAUCUGCAGCACAAAGAAUUAACAACAAUUUACUCCCAGUAAAUUACUUGUUGGUGAAAUUUGAGGAUAUUGUUCACUAUCCGCAAGAAACAGCCGAAAAGGUGCAUACCUUCCUAGGUAUACCUGUGACUCCUGCAGCUAUAAACCAGCUCUUGUUUGCUACCCAGACAAACAUGUUUAGUCUUCUUUAUGAGGGGGAUAUAUCACCUACAAACAUAAAUACUUGGAGGCAGAAAAUGCCCAGAAAGGACAUUAAAAUAAUUGAAGAUGUAUGUUGGUCUGUGAUGAAAAAGUUAGGGUAUUUAAAGUUUACUAGUUAAAUGCUGCAGGUCAGCUUUAUUUUUUGAUACACUUUUUUAUUCAUUUUGCACUAACAAAAUAAAGUGAAAUUGUAAUGUGUGAUGAAACCACUCUGCAAAGGUCUAAAGAGAAGGAAGGAAGCUUACUUUUUUUUGUUAAAUUUGACAAUAACUGUUUCAGUUUGUACUGUGUAACUGUUGGUAAUAAUGGUUGAAUAUGAUAUUUUACAUUGAAGUGUUAUUGGAACAUUUUCAGUGUUGCUUUUAGCUUUAGUAAUGUUUUCCCUAUUCCUAGGCAAUUUUUGAUCGGAAUGAAUGGGAUGUCUUUGAGCUAUUUAAUGUUUUAUGUGGAGAUGACACAUAGGUGUUCUCAAUCCUCCAAAAAUCAUCUCGUCAUUUGAGAGUGGUUAUUUUUGUAAUGUUGUGUCAAAUGUAGAAUUGUGCUUCUGGUACUAAGUCUUAUAUAAAAC